GAGAACAGAGGUGAAAGAAGGGCAGUGGAAAGUCGCCUGACCCAGCAGCUGAGCUUCCCAGAAAGGGGCUGAGGAAAGAAGGCCGAGACUCUUCUGAGACGUGGCAGGUACCUCAUCUAGGGGCUCUGAGGCCAUUUCUGGCAAAGACGAACACAUUUUAGAAGACUGCAUGAUGUAUGCAAUUCAAACUGAGCCAAGGCAACAGCGAAUGGUCAUCCACAGCCAGAGCUUUUCUACCUGCCUCAGUUCUUAGGAGAGAACUGUCCAUUUACCUGUGGCCUAGACUGGUACCUGCUGCAGCAGGAAGUCUGUAAGAAGCUUCCUGCCAGGGACUGAAGAUUGCCUUGGAAUCACGGGCUCCCUUUUGCUGGUUAUGACCACGGAAGCUGGGGCACAGAGUUAAUAAACUCCGACUUGCUACUAUGCCUUUUAAAUGAAACAAACUCUGAUCAAGUUAGGUAAAGUCCCAUACAGUCUUCAGAAUCCAGCAUUUCUUCUGCAGUCUUACAACCUCCACUACUAUUAGUACUACUGCUACUCACAGAGCAAUUACUUUAUGCUACAAAACACGUCUUAUCAAACAGCCCUACAAGGAGAUGCCGUAAACAUGACUAGAAAAGAGUCGAGUGCCAUGGAGAGAAGCCAGGAAGAAAGCCCGAGGGCCAGGCUCCUCUACCAGGAGGUCUGCUUGGCAGCUCAGCGACUAGAUCUUUUCCUUCAAAGAGGCAAUGCACACAAAGAGGUAUUCAAGCCACACAUCCUGGCACUCAGAGAGGUGGUUCAGCAAGCCUGCAUUAAACUCAUGUUUCUGCAUCCGGUGGCUUAUGGUAGGAAGGCAGAAGAGCUGUUAUGGAGGAAAAUGUACUCUGAUGUUGUCAUGCUGCUCAUGAAGACCAACCAAAAACACAUGGACACUUUUAGAUACUGGGGUGGCCCCCUGCAAGCUCACCUGAAGGGUGGCCUCAGGUUCUAUGAGCAUCUUUUCCUGUUCCUUCAGGGUCACUAUGAGUUGAAGUUACAGAGCUACAUAGACUGGCCCCACAGUUCCAUCCACUUGAUUGGCUGUAAGAAAGCGGGGCCUACAUCAGAGGAAGAGGUUGCUUGGGCCCGCAUGGCCUGCCAUCGCUGCCUGAUCUACUUGGGAGAUUUAUUCCGCUAUCAGCAUGAGUUCUUAGACCUAGCCACCAAGAACUUGGCAGAGAGAUGCUAUUACAGAGCCCUGUCAGUGGCUCCACAUAUGGGAAUGCCCUUCAACCAGUUGGGAGCUCUCACAGGGAGCAAGUACUAUGAUCUUGAAGCCACGUACUUCUACCAGCGCUGUCUCCACUCUGAAGUGCCUUUCAAAGGGGCAGCUUGGAACCUCAAACGGCUCUAUGAUCAUGCAGGGAAGAGGUAUAGCAGUCUGAAGAGGUACCAGGGAAGGAAACUGUCCCGCAAUCAGAGGCAGUGUUGGGAUAACAAAAGGCUUCUGGUUAGCUUCCUCUACCUUCAGAGCCUCCUACAGCCUCAGAGAAAAUUCAAAGCUGCCAGGCUGAUAGCCCUGUGCCAGUUGGUUCUUGAAGACUUUCAUCUGUGUCUUUCCUAUAGGCCAUGUCAGUCUGGCCCGUGCCAAGCUUCAACAGAGGAGAAGCCCCCCAAAGGCUAUCUGUUUCUCCCAGACUUUCUCAUUUUCCACAUGGUGAUUCUUUGCCUCAUGAAUGUGCACAGCCUGAGGAAAGCAGGCUCAAAACAGCAAAAACCAGCAGUGAUCUUCACCUUGACUCUUUUCUCUUAUCUAUUUCAACAUGUGAACACACGAAUCCAAGCAGAGCUGCAGAAGAGGAAGCUGACUCCAGAGGUGGCUUCCCCCAGUGAUGAAUCCUGUGAGAAAGAGACUAGAGAGCAACAUCAAGAUUAUCCAUCUCUUGGGCUCCAUCACAGCAAGAGUGGCAGGUGGUCUUGUGUUUCUGGAGAGAGUGAGGCCAGUUUUCAUUCCUGCUGUGACUCAGAUGAGACAGAGGAAGAGGAAAACUCAUCCUUAAGUUCACAGGUCCAGUCAGACACAAGCAGUGACACUUCCUACUCAGAUACAACUGAUGAAGAAAGAAAUGAGUCCUUUAGUUGUGAAGUGAUACAGAGAAGUUGGGCCACAUCCAAAUCAAAAGCUGCUUAUUCUAGGAACAAACAAAAGGCAUAUGCACCUGAGACUAGUCUCCUAGGUCUCUUGAAAACAACUAUUUCUGCUAACCUUUCAGCUCCAUUGAGCCAAAAACUCCAAGGAAAACAUGGCUUGCCCUUGACUCCAGCUUUUAGUCACAAUAUUCUGACACCUCAGUCUGAGCCUAGUCCGGCACUCAGCACUUCUUCUAGCAUUGAGUGUGAUAUGGGAAGCUUUCCUGAGACAGAGUUUUAUAUCGGUUCCUCUUUAGGGCAGAAACCUUCCAUUAGUCAGCGUCACAACAAUCUCCAGACUAUUCAAAGGAAAUUGGACAUCCUUUCUGCGGAGGGACUGUUGCCCACCAUCAAAGUGAUCCUGAGCUGGCUCCACACAAAUCCCAGCCUCCUCUUGUCAUACUGGAGGAGUGCAUUUAGCCUGUGGGACCACCUCUGUGUGCUGCUGAACCUGCUGCCCUCAGUGGGAGACCUUCAACAUCCAGGACUCGGCCUGUCUCGCCAUCUCCAGGAGUUGCUACAGAGCUAUCAAUGGCCACACACUCCCAGAUUCCUUCAGCUCCCUGAGGAUAUUGCCCUCUUCCAUCAGUCACUAUCAAAAGCUGCUGAGGAUAGGGCAGGAUCAUGCCAGGACCCACCUCAACUCACUCACCAGGAAGAAGCUAUUGUGCGCAUCUGUUUCUUCAGAAGUUUUGGUCACUUUGCAACUAGACUCCCUGGACAGUUCUUGAAGUUUGACUCUAAGCUAGGUGUCUUUGUGAGCAGUACCCACGAAAGAUCAGAAAACCCGUCUCAGCAGCUUCUAAGAACAACUGCAAGGAUUAGGUUUUCCAAAGACAUAGUCCAGCUCUGGCUUCAACGUGAAGUGGCUCUGCUAGAGAAGACUCUCAGGGGUCCCCAGACUCGGUCAGUUUUGACCCCUUACCUCUUCCCUGACCCCAGAGCCCUCUGUGAGAAUCUUUCAGUCAUCCAGCAACUUGCCACCAGUGGUAAGUUUUUCCUUAUCAUACCUAAGAUUGUAGUUGACACACUGUAUAUCCUAAGAUGGGAAGAUCGCAGGGCCUUGGCAGCCAUUACUUUCUUAGAGGAUGAGCUAAAGAGAAGGAACCAGUAUAUUCUCUGCCAGUCCUUUGCGUCCAAGAGGCUGGUGAGGCCCAGGAUGACUAGGACAGACUCUGAUGCCUGGGACCUCUACAAUAUCCUUGACUUCUGCAAAAGUCUACUGAACUCGUCAAGGCCUGGGACACCAGAUCCUAGCAGCAUGGUGACUAUCAUCACUGGCAUCUGUUUGGACAACCCUAGGAAUUUCUCAUACCCUCUGCAGUUGGUGUUGGGAAUGGCAACUGAGGCUGGUGUGGAAAUCAAGAACAUCCUGAUCUUCCACAAAGAAUGGAAGGCAAUCAGUUGACAUGCUCUCAUGUCUCCUGCUCCUGACCCUUCAGUGCUUCUGGCUCACACUCUGUGUUUCUCUCUCGUAAGCAUCCAAUGCUUUGGUAGGCAUUGUGCAUAUGAGUAUUUGUGUCUACCCAAAGGUAGAGUUGUAGUGUACCAGCUUUCCGAGGCCUUCUUCCUUUCUUUGUCAUCUUGGCCUGGUAUCAUGUACCUUCUCUGAAAAACCUCGAGAUUAACUACUUGUUUAGUGGUCUUAUGGUAAAACAUCAAACUCAGAAAUCACUUCUGUGUUCAAAUACAACUUCGUGGACUUUCUGUAAUUUGCUUAGCUCUGUUUUGUGACAUGCACCUUUUAUGUAUGUUGUUUUAUUAUCAUGAGACAAGGUCUACUAUUGAAGGUGGGCCUCUGCCAUCUGUGAAACUCAAUAAAUA